AUGCAAAGAAAUCUAUUACUCUCGCUUUUAGCCACUUAUCUCAUGGGUACUGGAGUAUCCGCAUGGAGUAACUCUACAUAUCCUUCCUCGAGCUAUCAGGUGGCUCCAUCUUUCGUUUCCAGUUGGGGAAACUCCUCUGUUCCUGCUACCUCUGAACAAUUUACUUUAACUGGUGAGUCCCCAUCUGAUUUCACAGAUAUUAGUUUCACUGAAAAACAACCAACUGAAGUUACAAGUACUUUUACUGCCAUUGAAACCACCCUCAUUACUGUGACAUCUUGUUUGGACAAUAAGUGUACUGCUGUUCCAAUUACUACUGGUGUUGUUACAAUUACAAGUGAUAACACUGUUUACACAACUUACUGCCCAUUAACUUCUGAAACUACUACAGCCGCUUCUACUCCAUUGAUUUCUGAAGCUAGCAUUGUCACUUAUACCAACGUUGAUACAACUGUUGUAACUGUCACAUCUUGUUCUGACAAUAAGUGUACUGCUGUUCCAGUUACCACUGGUGUUGUUACAAUUACAAGUGAUAACACUGUUUACACAACUUACUGCCCAUUAACUUCUGAAACUACUACAGCCGCUUCUACUCCAUUGAUUUCUGAAGCUAGCAUUGUCACUUAUACCAACGUUGAUACAACUGUUGUAACUGUCACAUCUUGUUCUGACAAUAAGUGUACUGCUGUUCCAAUUACUACUGGUGUUGUUACAAUUACAAGUGAUAACACUGUUUACACAACUUACUGCCCAUUAACUUCUGAAACUACUUCCAUUACACCAGCAACUCAGGAAGUUGUCGAAUCCUCAUACACAAAUUACGAGACAGCAGUCUUGACUGUCACCUCAUGCAUUGACAACAAGUGCGAAUAUUACCCUAUUUCUAAGAGUGUUGUAAUCACUCCUCAAGAAACUACCUCCACCGCUGUUGUCGCUGUUACUAAUUGUAUCAACCAAGAUUGUCAAUACACAACUUUGACCACCGGUGUUACAACAGUUACCAAAGGUGAUAAAACUUACACUUCUUACACUCCAUUGAGCUCCCCUACUCCAGCAAUCACUUCAAGUGAAGCAGCAGUAGUUACUGAGUCUUAUGUUAUUCCUGCUUCCUCACCUGCUGAAGCUACUACAAUUCCUUCAAACGAAGCUCAAGUUUCUACUAAUACCUAUGUAGCGCCAGCUACUUCUGCCACCGAGACUCCACUUACAGUUUCAAGCUUUACAUAUGUGACUCCUUCAAUCGCUUCAGUUGCUUUAAAUCCAUCACCAUCAGCAGUUGUUCCACAAGUUUCAAGUCAAUACGAAGGUGGCGCUUCACCAAGAAUGGCUUUAUCUUUUGGUUCCAUUUUGAUAGCUAUGAUUUUGCAAUUUGUUUAA